AUGGAGGCACUACAAAGGGGUGGAUUAUCUCAAUCCACUGGCAUACACCGCGCCCAAGCUUGCGGUCGAUGGCCGUCUCCAAACAGUGUAAUGGGGACUCUUUCUGUGGCGUGGGCUGCAGUAGGAUAUGGAAGCUGUUUUGGAGCGCCACUAUGCGGUGACAAUACUCACCGGAAUAACCCUCACACAUCUCCGCUAUGGAGGCUGGAGGCUACAGUGGAGUCCAAGCUAGGCCUGGGCACCUCAUUAUUGUGGUGGAAGCCACCGGAGACGCAGAUCCCCAGUGACUGGGAGGCCGCUAUGGCGGCUCAUGGCACUGAGACAGAUGCAAUGGAAGCCACAGAGCUGGAGGGCAUCAAUGAGGCGUUGACCAUCCUAGGCAAGCAGUACACGCACGCUGGACCCUAUGAAGCCACCAUCUAUAUUGACAACCAAGCCGCCAUUAUAGCCCUGGAUGAGCCGAGGCGUUCCUCGGGCCAGUAUAUCUUCUGCUGGAUCGUCAGCUGGAUUAACCGUCUUUACGAAGCAGGCUGGCGGCUUUGA